AUGGCGCCAACAGACAGAAAUCCAGUUCAGGUCCAGUAUUAUGCCAAAGGCAAGAAAACAACGGAGAGCUCAGGGCCAGCACCGGCACCCUUGAUUCUCAUCCACGAUGGCGGCGGCACGACAUUUGCAUACUUCACAAUCGGCCGUCUCGAGCGCGAUGUCUGGGCCAUACAUAGCCCGACCUUCACGUCGGCACAGCCAUGGGAGGGCGGCAUGGAUGGCAUGGCGAAGCAUUACAUUGAGCUGAUUGAGAAAGUCGCGGGGAUCAAGGGCAAAAUAUUGCUUGGAGGAUGGUCACUCGGCGGCUACGUUGCUCUAACCAUGGCACACAUGAUUGCUUCAUCACCAGCUUCCUUCGAGAUCUCCAUUGAUGGCAUACUCAUGAUGGAUUCGCCGUGGCUUGUUGCAGGCCGGGAUCUGCCAAUUGGCACACCGCAGCCCGCCUUAAUCGGCAUUCCGGACUUGGUUCGCAAAUCCCUGGACAAUUGCGAGCGCAUGCUAUACCACUGGGAACUACCACAAUGGGGACGGUCCUCUGGGAAGGCCUUCAAAUUCUCCGCUGGCAAUGAGAAAUUCGAGACCCAGCCAGGGACGGUUUUGUAUCGGUCCUUGAAAGGCGACUGGCGGGCAGUCGAGCGCACGGUGUCCCACGAACUUACAGAGCAGCAAGCGCUACAGACGCCACCAUCAGGUCCGCCGCCCGCGGUUAUGUUGCGAGAUGAGCUGCUGUUGGGAUGGGACGGCAAGUACAAUACGGACAUGAUUCACGCGGUAUUGGAGGCAAGGUCGCAUCACUACGACAUGUUCAACCAGCUCUAUGUUGAUGAGGUGACGGAAACGAUCAAGGAAGCGAUCCAGAUUAUUGAAACGGUCCUCCCGAAUGAAUGA